AAAUACUGCUUCUUGCUGGCUGAAGAUCAACGCGAUUGGCGGAGGGAGAGGGAGGGAGGGAGAGAGAGAGACACACACACACACACACACACACGGACCCGUGUUGUAUCUCUCCACAAUCUGCUGUCUAAACAGGAACCCGUGUUGCUUCUGCACACAGCACCUCGGGAAAUAACUGACAGGUUCUAUCGCAGGGAAGUUAACAUUCCCAGGAAUUACUCAACCAUGGAUCCACUUUAACCCCCAAUUUUCUCCACCCAGUUUCUCUCUCUCUCUCUUUCUCUCGCUGCUCCACCCUCCCUCCAAAAUUCUCAAUUGGUAGAGAUUCGGCAUCAGCGGCUGCUGGGCGCUAACACGCUCUUUGCUUUCCAAUCUUUAAUUUAAAAGCACAUUUGACAGAUAUUCCUCUCCCACUUCCCUUCCGCUGCCUUCUCAAGAGAUUAUGAAAGGCAAGACCAAGAAGUCCAGCGUCACGGAGCAGAGGGACAUGGACGGGUAUGACCAGCUCCCCGACAGCAUCGAGGAUGACUUUGAACCGUCCACCGUGUGCCACCGGCCAGAAGGACUGGAGCAACUCCAAGGCCAAACCAAGUUCACCAAGAAGGAGCUCCAAGUCCUCUACCGAGGUUUCAAAUCCGAGUGUCCCAGUGGUGUGGUCAAUGAAGAGACGUUUAAACAAAUCUACUCUCAGUUCUUCCCCCAAGGAGAUUCCAGCAUGUACGCACACUUCCUAUUCAAUGCUUUUGAUACAGACCAUAAUGGCUCAGUUAGCUUUGAGAAUUUUGUAACAGGUUUGUCAGUGAUUCUUCGCGGUUCCAUGGAUGACAAAUUGAACUGGGCAUUCAAUCUGUACGACUUAAAUAAAGACGGCUGCAUCACCAGAGAGGAAAUGUUAGACAUUAUGAAAUCCAUUUACGAUAUGAUGGGGAAGUAUACCUACCCGUCAGUGAGGGAGGAAUCACCACAGGAGCACGUGGAAACAUUCUUCCAGAAAAUGGAUAAAAAUCGGGAUGGGGUAGUAACUAUUGAAGAAUUCAUCGAAACCUGCCAGAAGGAUGAGAACAUCAUGAAGUCAAUGCAGCUUUUUGAGAACGUCAUCUAGAGGUGGGAGGUGGAGCGGAGGUCAGGACCGCUUGACCUCUGACUCCUUGCCCUCUGACCUUGGUGGGCCGACCUGGGUCGUCCAACUUCUCCAACUGGGACCCUUUGACUUCUGGCAUCGGAACUUGACUUGGCGGUGUGGGGGAGGAGAAGGGUUGGACGUUGCACGGACUCACGGACAAGGAGAGAGGGAGAAGGAGAGAGCGAGGACCUCCUGCGACGGACCUUUUGUAUUUUUCACGGACUUGACACGAACUGCUGGAGGACGCGGAGAACCACCGCGGUGGGAACCUCGCGGCGCUACGGCUGUGGGGCGUAAAGUGAAGAGGACAUAGACCUUCACGGCAUGCUACCGGGACACACUAUAAGCAUCUUUAUACAACAAUGCCAAGUUGCAUGGGGGAAAACGAGAGGGCAACAGACCACCACAGACCAACCCUUCCAACUGUCCCCUUGCUUUGCUGUAAGAAAUCCGACCAACAAAACAAAACAUCGCUGGUGACUAAAUGGCUUCCUUGCUCCAUUCAGCUUUGUCGCCUGAGUUUAAACUAUAACCACACUGAUCUGAAGAAAGCCUCACAGAAUAAUACAGGGAGUGCUUGACUCUGCAUCUAAUCUGUCACUGGGAGAGUGCGGUGGGACAGCAUAAAGGGAACCAGAGGCAACAAAAAAGCUUUUCCCUGUACCUCGGUACACGUGAUAAUAAACUAAUUUGGGCCGAUGGGGCGGGCAUUGCGAAUCUCACAAUAUAACCGAUGCAUUUAGGACUUGGGUUUAUGGGGCAGGAUAUGAUCAUCCCUGGAGUGUUUAGCAAUUUGUGUUUCUAUAACAACAAUAAGUCAUUGAAAAGAGUCAAAGUCUUCUCAUGGGAAUGUUAACAAUUGCUACUUGACAGCGAGCCCAAGAAGGGCUCGUUGACGGAGCUGAUCAAACGCUUAGUCGUAAAUGUGUUUUUAUGGAGUGUAUGGAAGGCGGACAGAGAGAUUCAGGGAGGGAAUUGCCGAGUUUGGGCCGUCGGUGUCAAAGAUAUGCCGAUCAACCACCGAGUCGUGGAAGACGUGACCUUUUAGGGCCCGAGAAUGCGAAGAGCACAAAGGUCGUGGGAUGAAAGAGGCUCCGGUGCUGUCGGGUGCAUCUGAAUGCGAGGCUGAGAAUUCCUCACACAGAAUGAGAAUUUCUCGUUGAGUAUGGGAAUUUCACACUCGGAUUGAGAAUCCUUUGCCCAGAACGACGAUUUCUCAUUCGGGACGAGAAUUCUUCCCAUCGAAUAAAAAUUCCUCCCUCAUGGAGUCUGCAGCGUGGAAACAGGCCUUUAAGUCCAACAUGCCCACACCGACCCACAUGCCCCAUCUACGCUAGUCCUACCUGCCAGCAUUUGGCCCAUAUACUUCUAGACCUGUCCAUGUACAGGACCUGCCUAAAUGUUUCUUAAAUGUUGUGAUAGUAUCUGCCUCCAGCAGCUCGUUCCACAAUGAGAAUUCACACCGGCGAUGAGAAUUGCCCGCACAAUCCAGAGGAGGUUUACGAGAAUGAUCCCGGGGAUGAUUAGGUUAACAUAUGAUGAACGUUUGAUGGAACUGGGCCUGUACUCACUGGAGUUUAAAAAGAUGAGGGGGAGAUCUCAUUGAAACUUACCGAAUAGCGAAAGGCCUGGAUUUAGUGGAUGUGGGGCAGAUGUUUCCACUAGUAGGAGAGUCUAGGACCAGAGGGCACAGCCUCAAAAUAAAAGGAUGUACCUUUAGAAUGGAGAUGAGUAGGAGGUUCUUUAGUCAGAGGGUGGUGAAUCUGUGGAAUUCAUUGCCAAAAAUGGUUGUGGAAACCAAGACGUUUUUAAGGUGGAUGAUUGACAGAUACUUGAUUGGUAACAGCGUCUGGGGUUAUGGGGAGAAGGCAGGAGAAUGGGGUUGAAAGGGAAAGGGUUAGGCAGCCUCUCCGGAGAAUAGGUGACUUGGGCAGCUUACAACCCAGCGGUUUGAACAUUGACUUCUCCAAUUUCAAGUAAGCCCCAUAUUCCCUAUCUCUCCACCCCUCCCCCACCCUAGUCGUCCUGCCAGUUCCAUAUAUCCUUUUGUUAGCACCUCUUCCACAGCCAACAAUGGACCAUUGUGGGCUUCAUCAUUCCUUGGUCAUCAGUGCAGGCUCGGAUUUGUUCUGAACCUUUUCAUUCCUCUAGUUUCCCUCUCCCCUGAUUCUCAGUCUGAAGAAGGGUUUCGACCUGAAACGUCACCUAUUCCUUUUCUCCAGAGAUGCUGUCUGACCCGCUGAGUUACUCCAGCAAAUUUAAUAAGUAGGUUUUCCUUUCUGUAAAGGUACGUUGUUUUAUUUUGAGGAUGUGCCAUCUGGUCUAAACUCUCCCACCGCUGUUAACAUCCUCUCGACAUCCAAGGUUUCCUAGGUUUAGAUUCAGGUUCAGGUCUAUCAAUGAAAAGCUUUUUUUUGCAUGUUAUCCAAACAGAUCAGAUAUACAGUACCUUGCAAUCGGUCCAAACUCAAGUACAAUAGGUAGAGCAAAGGGGAAGAUACAGAGUGCAGAAUAUAGUUCUCAGCAAUGUGGUACAUCAGUUCCAUAGACAAAGUCCAAUGUCCACAAUGGGGUAGAGGUGAAUCGGGUUAUGGAAAGACUGUUCAGAAGCCUGAUAACAGAUGUGAAGAAGCUGUUCCUGAGUCUAGCGGUGCGCGCUUUCAAGCUUCUGUACCUUAAUAAUAAUAAUAAUAAAUUUUAUUUAUGGGCGCCUUUCAAGAGUCUCAAGGUCACCUUACAAAAAUGUAGCAAGUAGAGGAAAAACAUGUAAGCGGAAUGAAAUAAAUAGUAGAGACAUGACUAGUACACAAAUUAAAGACAGAAUUCAAUUCAAAACACAAUAUGAGGCAAUUCAAGCACAGAUGAAAAGGGAGGGGGACGUGGGGCUAAGGAUAGGCAGAGGUGAAGAGAUGGGUCUUGAGGUGGGACUGGAAGAUGGUGAGGCACACGGAAUUGCGGAUCAGUUGGGGGAGGGAGUUCCAGAGCCUGGGAGCUGCCCUGGAGAAGGCUCUGUCCCCAAAACUGCGGAGGUUGGAUUUGUGGAUGGAGAGGAGACCGGCUGAUGUGGAUCUGAGGGACCGUGAGGGUUGGUAGGGGGAAAGGAGGUCAGUGAGAUAUGGGGAGGCCAGAUGGUGGAGGGCUUUGUAGGUGAGGACCAGGAUUUUGUAGGUGAUCCGGUGGGAGAUGGGAAGCCAGUGAAGUUGUUUGAGGACUGGAGUGAUGUGAUGCCAGGAUUUGGUGUGGGUGAUGAGUCGGGCGGCUGCGUUCUGGACCAGUUGGAGUCGGUUGAUGUAGGUGGAGCUGAUGCCAAGGAGAGAACCAUCUACCAGACGGGAGCGGGGAGAAUGAAUGAAUGCUUUAUUGUCACAUGUGAUGAGUCAGCGUUAAUUUAUUUGCUUGCAUACCCAAGGUAUGCAAAUAGUUGCCACCUAAUGGGCGCUGGUAACAUCACAAAGUAUACACAGUAUCCGCACCAGGAAGGAAUGACAGGGGCGGGUCUUAAAUUAUUUUGGCUGCUUUUCCGAGGCAGCGUGAAGUGUAGUGUCUGAAGAAGGGUCUCGACCCGAAACAUCACCUACUCCUUCGCUCCAUAGAUGCUGCCUCACCCGCCGAGUUUCUCCAGCAUUUUUGUCUCCCUUUGAUUUUUUCAGCAUCUGCAGUUCUUUCUUAAACAUGAAGUGGAGAUGGAGUCAUUAUUAAUGGGAAAGGGACAGGAAGUACUUUGAAUAUAAAAGGAGCCUAAGCUUUGAAGUAAAUUCCUGCUGUACGUUUUACGGUCUCAGACUUGCUUUCCAACUUUUAGCUUAGUUUAUGUUCAGUUUACAGAUACAGCACAGAAACAGACACUUCGGCCCACUGAGAUCAGACCGACCAGAGAUCACCCUGUAUACGAACACCAUCCAACACAUUAUAGACAAUUUACAAUUUUACCAAAGCCAAUAUUAUAUAAACCUGCACGGCUUUUGGAGUGUGGGGGGAAACCGGAGCACCCAGAGAAAACCCACAAGGUCACAGGGAGAACGUAUACUCUCUGUACAGACAGCACCCGUAGUCAGGAUCGAACCGGGAUCUCCGGCGCUGUAAGGCAGCAACUCUACCUCUGCCCCACUGUGCCGCCCUUCUUUAACUGUUGAUGUCACGUUUGUGCCUUAUUUUUGAGCUCCAAGUGUUAGUCUACACUGACUAACAUUGCUGCAAGUCAACAGCAAGGUCAACAGCUUUAGGGUACAAAAAACUCCAAAGUAUUGACUUGGCUUGUUUACCAAUGUUAACCAACUGACUGCAAAGCCAUGCCCUUUCUGUCCACUACAGAAUCUACAUGAAAGGCUCAGGCUUUACUAAUCCACACAGCCAUCUCUGUGGGAAUCCAGUUGUCAACUACUGCAGAAAAUUAAUUUGAGCGAGAAUUUACAUUGGCUUGCAGCAGCUGUGGGAGCUUCACUCUGUAUUUAAGAUCAGUCAAGAACAGGAACCUGUGACCCAAUUUGUUCAAAACCUGCCGUUCAUCCAUAGAGGGAAAACAUUAUACCCCAGAGCGAGAUCUGGAAAAUCGUCCAAUCAAUCAUUCAAUGCGACUUAAAAAACAGUGUUGGGAGAGUGGAUGGGAGCUUUGCUUUAUUUACAAAGUGUGGUCCCUGCUGCCCUGGAAGGGUGUGACGGGACUGUGUAGAGGGAACUUCACUCUGUAUCUCACCCGUACUGCCCUUUGCACAAGUCAGGGAAGACCUGCUAGAUGUACUGUAUAUAACAUUAUGAGAGGCAUAGACAGGGUAGACAGUCACAACGUCUUUUUCCCAGGGUGGAAUAAACAAACACCAGAGGGCAUAGGUUAAACGUGAGAGGGGCAAAGUUUCAAGGCGAUGUGCAGGGCCAUAUUUAUUUUUUACACAGAGUUGUGGUGGGUGCCUGGAACGCGCGGCUGGGGUAGUGAUGGAGGUAGUUAUGCUAGAGGCAUUAAAGUGGGGUUUGGGCAGGAGCAUGGAUAGGGAGGGAUAUGGAUCACGUGCCGGCAGAUAAGAGUUGGUCUUGGCAUCAUGUUCAGCACAGAGGCUGUACCUGUGCUGUACUGUUCCUUGUUCAAUGACGUUAAAUGAGGAUACAAUCCCAGAGGGAUUGGAAAGGUAAUUUUGCAUGUGUGUGUGUUGGUAUAGUCCCUUUAACACUGCCGGCCCUUAAUGACUGCGAUAUCCCUCGAUUUAUUCCUGCAGCUCCUUGGCAUACCUGAGGCAGCCUCUGUCUUCCCCUCUCAAAGCUACCGUGGAACUUCCUCACAGCGGGUUUCCCCAUACGGACCCCCCGAGAUCGAUUGAGAGCAUCGUUCCCCCAUGCUUCACCCUCCCACAUAUUUCCACAGAGAGCUCCCACCCCGAACCCCAUAUCCCCCCAAACCGAGAAGCUAAUGACCGUCAGGCCCCAUGAGGUGCAUGCUUGCAUGGACAGACACCCACACACUUGCGUGUUCCCCACCCCCCAUCCUCAC